GAUCCCAGAGAAUAACCAGCCGCGAGCGUGGAGCACCAAAACAACCCCCCGGCUGUGAGAGUUGCGCUGUGUUUUUGCCAGAGGGCUGUAGGCAAGAGCAGGAACGUGGACAGAAUUGAUCUGGGGCAUCCAGAAGGGUUUCUGAUCUCACCCACCAAACUCACCGGUGUGUCGCAGGGCCGGGAACGCGCCGGUAAUGACAGGACGGGGCCAUUCCCUCACCCCCAGCCGAGCGUCACCAGGUGGGACCAGCCCACGCGGGCUGAGACAACAUUCAUCUGAGAAGAGCCAAGCUGUUUGGACCAGGAGAGCAGUGAUCUGGUGAUCCAGCGGAGCCGCUCCCCGUGAGAUCAAGCUGUGUGCAGGACAAGGCUGCGCUUUCCCAGGACAAACACAGUCACCCGGGGGGCUGCAGUCAGAGACCCUCCUAGAGACCCUUCUGUGCUGAGAAGGGCUUUCUCAGCUUUCUCUUGCUUUUUGUACCUUUAUUACACAGAAGUUACUCGCUUCAGCAGCGCCUGCGGGCAAAGGGCACUGAGACACCUCACGGAUCCGUGGCGGGGCUCCGCCGGCAUCGCCGCCACCCUCCGCCCUUCCCGGGCUGGGCCGGGGCGGGUCCUGCGCGCAGCCGCGGAUGGCAGCGGGCGGUGCGGCCCGUCCCGCCCGGCCGAGCCCCGCCGAGCCCCGCCGAGCCCCGCCGCGCCGCUCUCCGGCCGCGGGACCGCACCGAGCGCCCGCCCGCCGCCCCCAUGCCCGUGCGGGCCCGGCCCAGCACCCCCGGCGGGGACGGUGAGGACGCGGCUCCCAUCAGGGAAACUGGCUCAAAGACUUGCCAUGAAGUGCCCUGGACCUCCAGAGAGCUCGAGACUUGCCUGCUUCCUGGAAAAUGCCUUAGCGAGAGAGGCUAGGAUUUGGAAAGUGCCAGUUUUCCAGAAUCUCACCCUGAAGGGCACAGAUAUCUCUCUGUCAUGUUACAAGAAAGUGGUUCUCUGGAUUGCAGAAAUAAGCUCUCGGUUCCAGUUUUACCCUGAAACGUUUGCCUUAGCUACCAGCAUCCUUAAUCGGUUAUUGGCAUCAGUAAAGGCCCAAUUAAAAUACCUUCAGUGCAUAGCAAUUUCCUGCCUUGUCCUCGCAGCAAAAACCAAUGAAGAAGAUGAGGUAAUACCAUCGGUGAAGAUGCUCGCAGUGCAGAGUGGUUGUAAACGUUCUCCAGCUGAGAUCUUGAGAAUGGAAAGAAUUAUACUAGAUAAGCUUCACUGGGAUCUUUACACAGCAACACCAAUGGAUUUCUUAGACAUCGUAAGCACUAAGUUUUGCAAAUUCUUUUUCUUUAAAGAAACAGCUCCUUAUCAAAUAAGACUAGAAAACACAGAUGCGCACACAUACACACACCCACACAUCCUUCCCAAGGUGCUUUGCAAACUACCCGUUCGUAGCUAUCUGCAAGUCUUUUGA